AUGCGAGUGCGCCUGGGUGCCCUAGCCGGGGCUGCGGCGCUCUCGGGAGCACUCAGCUUUGUACUCCUGGCGGCUGCCAUCGGCACAGACUUUUGGUACAUCAUCGACACUGCCCGGCUGGAGCAGCGCGGCCCGGGAGCGGGCGGGGCCCGAGAUCCCGGUGGUGGCAGCGCGGACGGUCUCAAUCAGAGCCAGCCGGAGCCGCUCAGCUCACAUUCUGGGCUCUGGAGGACCUGCCGGGUCCAAAGCAAGUGUACACCCCUGAUGAACCCCUUCUGGCAGGAGAAUGUGACAGUCUCGGACUCAGACAGACAGCUUCUCACUAUGCACGGGACAUUUGUGAUUCUUUUGCCGCUCAGCCUGAUCCUGAUGGUCUUUGGAGGGAUGACGGGAUUUAUAAGCAUCCUCGCCAGAGCCUAUCUUCUCCUCCUCAUGACUGGGAUGCUCUUCCUUUUUGGAGCUUUGGUGACUCUCGCUGGGAUCAGUGUCUACAUUGCCUACUCAGCAGCAGCUUUUCAGGAAGCAGUCUGCCUCUUGGAAGAGAAGGACUUGCUGGACCAGGUGGACAUCAGGUUUGGAUGGUCUUUGGCUCUUGGAUGGAUCUCCUUCAUCUCUGAGCUCCUCACUGGGGCAGCAUUCCUCCUGGCAGCAAGGGUAGUUGGUUUGAAACGGAGACAGGACCAAGCAAUAUAAAAAGGUCAAUGCAAGAGGAGUCCUGGCCUUGGGGAGAGUGGGAGUAGAUGGCAAACACCUUCAUAAAACAAAGGCCAAGGAUAUAUAUUGACCUUUGAAUCCAUGUGUUGUUUGUUUCCUAUUCCUAAAAAGCAGCCAGGAAUGAUUACAAGAAAGUUCGCCUUCCAUCCCCUAAUGGAAUUAUAUGAUGACUUGUCCACUGUUUCAGUGUCUUGAAGGUGAUGGCAUGUGCCAUUUUUGCUAUUAUAUCUAUUAUUUGUCUGCAAA